GUUAUUAUUGCAAGGAUCGCGUCACCAAAGCGUGAGUAACCUUUGAGCAGGAACUAAACAUAGGGAUAUAGUGGCGGUCUGAAAAUACACAGGGAACGCUGCUCGACAAAAAAUAAAAAAGAAAGACAAUAAAAGGAAGAUUCUCGUUUAUGAUCUGCACGAUGGCAGCGGCGACGUGGUCUCUAAAGAUAUCGAAAUCCCAGCAGUUAUUGCUGUGCAGGUAUAGAUUAGGAUCAGCGAUCUACAGCAGCAGAGGUUGUUCCAGUGAGAGCAAGAAGGGCUGGCUCCAGUCUCUGUUUGUGCACAAGGUGGACCCCAGAAAAGAUGCCCACUCCAACCUGCUGUCAAAGAAAGAGAGCAGCAACCUCUACAAGAUACAGUUUCAUAACGUGAAGCCAGAGUGCCUGCAAGAAUACAACAGCUUAUCGGCAGAGGUUCAGAGCAGGCUGCACAGUGACCAGGACUAUCCCUGUGAGAUUGUGGGCAGCUGGAACACCUGGUAUGGGGAACAAGACCAGGCCGUGCACCUGUGGCGAUACUCUGGGGGUUACCCAGCCUUGACCAAGUCUUUAAACAUGCUUCGGGACAAUAAGGAGUACACAGAGUUUCGGAAGGAGAGGAGUAAGAUGCUGAUCUCACGCAGAAACCAGCUGCUCCUGGAGUUCAGUUUCUGGAACGAGCCUCUGCCCAGGGCGGGUCCCAAUAUCUACGAGCUCCGCACCUACAGACUGAAGCCAGGCACCAUGAUUGAGUGGGGGAACAACUGGGCUCGGGCGAUCCAGCAUCGGCAGGAGAACGAGGAGGCGGUGGGCGGUUUCUUUACCCAGAUAGGAGAUCUCUACCUGGUUCAUCAUCUCUGGGCUUACAAAGAUUUGCAGUCUAGAGCAGAGACAAGAAAUUCUGCUUGGCUGAAAGCCGGCUGGGAUGAAAAUGUGUACUACACAGUGCCCCUGAUUCGGAGCAUGGAAUCUAGAAUCAUGAUCCCUCUGAAGAACUCCCCUCUGCAGUAACAACAGCAAACCCCGCCCCCAGACCGGCUCCAUACAUUCCACUGUGUCAUUCUAAUCAAACGCAAACCCCGCCCCCAGACCGGCUCCACACAUUCCACUGUGUCAUUCUAAUCAAACACAAACCCCGCCCCCAGACCGGCUCCACACAUUCCACUGUGUCAUUCUAAUCAAACACAAACCCCGCCCCCAGACCGGCUCCACACAUUCCACUGUGUCAUUGUAAUCAAACACAAACCCCGCCCCCAGACCGGCUCCACACAUUCCACUGUGUCAUUCUAAUCAAACACAAACCCCGCCCCCAGACCGGCUCCACACAUUCCACUGUGUCAUUCUAAUCAAACACAAACCCCGCACCCAGACCAGCUCCACACAUUCCACUGUGUCAUUCUAAUCAAACACAAACCCCGCCCCCAGACCGGCUCCACACAUUCCACUGUGUCAUUCUAAUCAAACACAAACCCCGCCCCCAGACCGGCUCCACACAUUCCACUGUGUCAUUCUAAUCAAACACAAACCCCGCCCCCAGACCGGCUCCACACAUUCCACUGUGUCAUUGUAAUCAAACACAAACCCCGCCCCCAGACCGGCUCCACACAUUCCACUGUGUCAUUGUAAUCAAACACAAACCCCGCCCCCAGACCGGCUCCACACAUUCCACUGUGUCAUUCUAAUCAAACACAAACCCCGCCCCCAGACCGGCUCCACACAUUCCACUGUGUCAUUCUAAUCAAACACAAACCCCGCCCCCAGACCGGCUCCACACAUUCCACUGUGUCAUUCUAAUCAAACACAAACCCCGCCCCCAGACCGGCUCCACACAUUCCACUGUGUCAUUCUAAUCAAACGCAACUGUUUGGUUUUUCAAGUUCACUUACAACUACCACAUGGGUGUAUGUUUUAAAGACUUGGUGAAAUGCCACAGGUAGCUGCUCAUCUCAGAUUCUCUGUGUUGGCUCAGAUAAAACAGACUGUCUGCACUAGAAGACUGGCUGUAUCUCCUCUACGCUCCCCUGCCUCCAGAGCCCGCUCCUUCUCCACCCUCACCCUGCAGUGGUGGAAUGACCUUCCUACAGAUGUCAGGACUGCCCAGUCCCUGACCACCUUCCGGUGCCUCCUCAAGACUCACCUCUUCAGACAGCAUCUGUAGAACUCCUCUUUUCCCUCUGGACACUUUAUCACUCUUCCUUAAUGUGCUUUACUUACUGUAAAGUGCUUUAAGCACUUUAAUGUGCUUUAAUGUGCUUUAUCUGGGCUUUGCCUCUUGUAGAUUUUAUGUAAACUUUCCUUACUGUUGGAGUAAAAACACCAAUCACA